AUUUACUCAAAAAUUGAUGACGUUUUUCACGUCAAUAAAGGGUUUGUCUGGCCUGGCUGAGAGCAUCCUCGCAUUCUUUGAAUAGUUCCUCUAUUCAAGCAGCUGGAACCAAGAUGGCUGCCGCUGGAGAUGACAAAGAUCUGAAAAGAUGUUGUAGGUUGUUAAAUUACUACACAGAAGGCAGUGUGUACAAGGUAUUGGGCCGGACUUACAAUAAAGAAAACGCUGCAUGUCUCGUUCAUAUGCUGGAAGAAAAACGUGGCAAGGAAAUAUUAGCAGAAGUAGAAAAAUAUAAUGACAAUUGUACUCCUGUACAGAAAGACAUGCUUCUUUUCACUGUAGCACUUUGUAUGAAGUCUAAGGACUGUGAAUUAAAACAGCAUGCUAAUAAAACAUUCUUAUUACUUUGUAAAACUGCCAAGGAACUAUUCACAUUUAUACAAUUUCAUAAGAAAUUGUCAGGUGAUACAAAUUCACGAGGAUAUGGACGGUCUUUACGACGUACGCUGAAUGAAUGGUAUAAUAGACAAGAUCCUAUGGACCUUGCUAUUUUAGUUAUGAAGGAAUCAGCAUCUGGUGGAUGGUCACACGCCAAUGUUCUUCGCUUAGCACAUAUCAAGGGAAAAUCAGAAGGAACAGCUAUAAUUUUAAAAUACUUAGUUAAAGGAAUGGAAGAGUUAAAGAAAUUAGGCGAACAUCCAGAGAAUGUUCAGAAAGUUGUAGACUACCUCAAAACCAUUCAUUCUGUACGUAACUCCACUGACGAGCACCAAGUGGCCAGACUUAUUGAGCAACAUCACUUAGGAAAACAACAAGUGCUCCCUGCACUUCUUAACUCAAAAGAGAUCUGGGGAGCUUUGGUAUCUGAGAUGUCAGUUGGAGAAGUUUUAGAGAACUUUAACAAACUUGCCAGUGUAGGGUUUCUAGAGAUUGCUCAUGAAGGCAGCAAGAAGAUUGUAGAAAUGUUACGGAGCGAGGAAAUCCUCCAGAAAUCCAACAUACAACCUAUAGAUGUGGUAAUGGCCUUAUCAGCAUAUGAACAUGGUAAAGCAGGGAAAGUGACUUGGAUGAGGAACGAGGCAGUCAUUGAUGCACUCAACUUUGCCCUUGAAUCCACAAUGAAGGUCAAUGAAUCCAAUAAUACAAAGUCAACAAACAAGCGCUACCUUUUUGGAGUCAGAGUUGGAUCAAAUACCAAAAAAUCCACUGUCAGGGGUACACAGUCACUUCCUUCCUUAGUUGCUGCUUCUGCUAUUGCCAUGGUUACUGCUAGGAAAGAAGACAAGGUCCAGCUAGUAUAUUUCGCAGACAAGGCAACAGAGUUGACCUUGACCUCAGAAUCAUCCCUGAAAGAAAUUAGCGAAGAAAUAUCAAAACAAAUUUUAGUUUCGGCAGCCCUUCCUCCAGUAGGAUCUGGUGAUACUCCAAAGCAACCAUGUGACCUAGCUGCACCAAUCAGAUGGGCAACCGAAAAUAGCAAAAAAGUUGAUGUAUUCUUCAAUAUAACAGAUUCACUUGAUAGAACAGGGGACAUUACUCCAUCGAAGGCACUCAUGCAAUACAGAAAGGAAAUGAAUAUGCCAAAAGCAAAGUUAGUAUCAUGUGGACUUUGUAAUGCCAACAUGAAGACAGCUGACCCUAAUGACCCCAGAAUGAUUGACAUAGCUGGAUUUGAUGCAACUGUCCCUUCUAUCAUUAACAAAUUUAUAUUGGAUGAAUGUUGACACCGUCCACUGUGUUCGUACAACAAGGUCCAGCUAACUUGCCACAUAAUUCUAGUCCAAGAAGGAUUUGUGGACAACAUAUAGCUUUUUAGCACACUUAUAGUGCCUCCUAAGGUUGUCAGUUGCUUGCCUUUUGUUUUUCGUUUCAAGGCAGGAGGAACACAUAUAAUUCCGGCAAAAGUUCUGUGAUGAAUAAUUUAACCCGUCUCUUAGACCAAGUGAACUACACAAGGAAUUUUAAACUUAAUUUGUUUUAUCAUAUAUUUCGAACAUUUUUUGUUUAUUUAUGUUUUCUGAGUCAUUUUUUUUAAGAGGUGAAGUUCCUACGUUUUUGUGGAAUUUUUGACUGAGGCAAUUCCAAAGCUAAUAUUUUAAUACUAAUAGACAAAUGCAAUGAACAUAUGAUUUGUAAAUUGGAAUUAUUUUAUGCCUUUUUGAUAUAUGAAUAUUUUGUUUUUAUUUAUUUAUAUAUACAAUGUAUCAUAUUUAACUAUGUUGUGAGUGCAAAGGUCAAUAUGUCAGAUAUUAUUGUUUAUGUUAUUUGUCAAUUUUCUUGUGACAGUGUUUUAUUUGAAUUAGAUAUUUAAGGAAGAAGUACAUGUACAUUUAUUUUAAAAAUGCAUGCAUACAAAAAAAAAAAAAAUUUUAGUACAAAAAAUAACAAACAACUUCAUAUUAUGUGUAUAUUAUAAAAGUAAAAAAAGCUUUGAAAAAAACUUUCUGUUUACUGAGGUAAAUAAACUCAUCAUAGAUACCAGGACUAAAUUUUGUAUAUACGCCAGACACGCGUUUCGCCUACAAAAGACUCAUCAGUGAGGCUCGAAUUCAAAAAUGUUAAAUAAGCCAAAUAAAGUAUGAAGUUAUGACUUACAGCCCUGUUUUUUUUAAGAGAAAAGACAAAAAAAACACCAUUUAUAUGUAUUGUAUUUAUCUACAUACAAAUAUGUAUUUGUCAAGCUUGGUGUUUUUCAGGAAAUCCAUCAGUCAAGAGUUGCAGAAAACUAUGUAAUACAUAUAAGCCUUGGGCUGUUUUUUGCUCUUUGGUCGGGUUGUUGUCUCUUUAAACCAAUCCCCUUUUCCAUGCUCAAUUUUAAGAUUUCAUGUGUAUUUUAUAUUCAUUUGAUGGAGUGAAAUGAAAGUUGUGUUCUGACAGGAAAACAACCUGAAAAGAUAAAAAAAUAAUAAGACACCCAUUAUUUGUACAGGGUGAAAAUACAAAAAAAGAAAUGUAAUAAUAUUAAUAUUUGUUAUUAUUUAUGAUCUGGUGUUUGGUUUGAAAUGCUUUUGUUGAUGUUGAGCUUUUAUGCUUGUUGUGGGUUAUGGUAAUAAUCAGAUAUAUUAUUAGGAGUGCAAUAUCUCUUCAAUUCUUAAAAAAAAGUAGCAGUUUUACAUUCUAAAUGGCAUAACUUUAUACCUCAGAAAUUAAAGAAAAUAUUUUGGCAUUAUGAUCAAUAGGAAAAUUUAUACAUUACAGAUAUAAACAACUGUUGACACUUUAUUUAAUGGUUCAACUAUAUAUAUUCAUCCUUUCCUGGAUCUUCAGAUUGAAUAGCACUGAACAUAGAUUGAAACAUAAUGUUAUAUGAAGCAUAAAAAAGCACAACAAAAGUACCGAACUCAAAGCUUAAGGUAAAUGUAAGAAGAGGUAAGUCCCAAAACAUUAAAGCUGUCAAACAUUAAGGCUCCAUAUAAUAAUUACAGGAUCAGCAUGCAUAGUUAAAAAUUCUAUGUUAAUUUGAAGUGUAUAUAUAUUUGUACAUGUUGUAUAGGGCUAAACUAAUAUUGUCUUUAAAAUGUUGGUUAGAAAUACUCAUAUUGAAUGAAUUAUGUAAAAAAUCUUCCAAAUUUAUUGUAUUUAGAAGGAUGUCCAUUUUAUAUCUUUAUUUAAUUAUGCAUAUUUUUGUUAUUGUGUUUGUUAUUAAAUGAAAGUGUAUUACACCAUGCAUAAUUGAUAGUACAAAAUGUAGUAAAUAGUGAAAUCAUUACUAUAAGUUAUUUUAUUAGAAGCCAGAGAAAAUUUUAAUCUAAUUAUAUUUGACAUAUAAUUGGACAGUCAUCAAAAUUCAUUCUAAGAAAAACAUUUUUCAGCUUUUCAUUCAAUCAGUUUUGAUAUAUAAAGUAUUUUGGUUUAUUUGAUUUAAGGAGCAAUUAUUUUUAUUAAAUUCUCUUUAACAUAGAAAUUAAUCAAUACAUUCAGAAAAAUAUAUUGAUUAAUGAUACAUAAAAAGGACUAUUUUGAUUUUAAAUCCUGUUUUUAACAAGUGACUGCAAUUUAAAAGUGUAUCCUAAUAGAAAUGUAAUAAACUUUAAGUCAUUGAAAUGCAGACUUACAUGAUGAUUGAAAUUACUAAACUUAACUAUGCUUCAAAACAGAGUUACAAAGUCUGUAAGUUCUUAAAGUGUAUUUUUGACCAGGUUGUAUAUGGUGCAAAUGCAAUAUAACAGUAGUAUAGCGAAUGUCCAUCAGUCUGUUGUGCAAGAAAUAAAGGAAGAGAAGACAUUACUAAGUUGUAAAACUUGUGUCUGAUCCUUUUGUCAUUUUGAACAAUAAAAUAUGUUUAAACUAACUAAGAAAUAAAGGUACAUAUUUUGUGUAGUCAGCUUGUGUUAAAGUUUUCCAUGCAGCCUUCCGUCUUUCUAGAAUGUUUCAUAUAGAUGGGCCCCCAUAGAUUAAACACUUGCUGUUCAUUUUGUGUACACAUCUGUAGAAUUUCUGAUUUUCCAGGUACUGAAACUUACUAUAGAGUUGAUUAACACAAACAUCACAUAAAGCAUAGAAUUAAAAUCCUCAGGAAAAAGCUUUGCCUUAGAAUUACUAUAUCCAAUGUUUACAGCAGUCAAUAGUUAAUUCAGACCAUAUCAAGGUUUAAUUUUUCUUCUCACUAAAUCUUGUAGUGAAGUGCAAUAUGUCGGCUCAAACAGAUUCAUUUCAUACCAUAUCAUUACAUUGGUGCUUUUAAUAACAUUAUAUGUAAAAAGAAAACAUUGUUUACAUUUUACUUAGUGUGGAUUCAUUUAUUUAUGAUGAUUCAACUUUUAUGGAUGGAUAAAAAUUGCAGUUUUGAAAGUGGAUACUUAAAAGUUUGUGGAGUCAUAAUUCGUUUUCUCCAAUGAACUAAAAGUAGUAGUGAGUAUUUGAAUUGGUUAUUUCAUCUUUAUACCUCAGAAAUCAUCUGAAAAUUGGUAUUUUGAUUAUUAAUGAAACCACAAUAAUCAAUUUUAUAUUAAUAUUUAUUAUUUAUAUUAUUGCCAGUAAUUUAUAAAGAAUCUCACAUUCUUUUUGUAAGCUGUGUUUUUUACAGCAAGAUUUUACACUAGUCAAAUAUUGUCAUAUUUUAAACAAAGUUCAUCAUUCAUAAUUAUUUUUACUACAGAUCAUAAGUAUAUUUGUCAAUUGUUCAGUUAUAUAAUACAUGUUUAUAAAGCACAUGUUACCAUUUGUUUUAAAUUGCUAUUUACUUACAUGAUAUAUUUGAAAUUGAAAUUUGAAAUAGAAAACCCAUAAAAAUGUCAUAGUGCAAUUAAAUGUAAUGCAUUGUGUGUUUCUUUUACAUGUUGAAUGAUAAUUAUUUAGCUGCAUUGCACGAAAUAUUCAAAACUUAUAAACAAAUUUUCUUCAACAUGAUUAUCAAAAAAGAUUUAGAUUUGUAUUAAUUUAUAUAAAAUGUUUACAUGUAAUAGGCAAAUAUUUAAGAUAGAUUAUUUCCCUUGUCAGUUUAUUUUCUUUCUUGUAUAUGAUAAUACAAGUACAAAUAAAAUAUACUUAUUGAGAAGCAGCAAUAAACUAGCAAAUAUUUGAUAUAAUGACACUAAACUUAUUGUUGGGCUAAAAACAUACAAAACAUAUGACAUACUUGAAAAUUAUAUUCUGCUACAAAAUAAAACCAAUUUAGUGAAUGCUACAAACAGUAGUAAUAUAGAAAGAAAUGCAAUACUGGUUUUCAAAUUAAUCUUAACAUUGCUGGUCAAAUUUUAAUUGUCUAGGAUGCUGUAAGCCAAUUACAACUUUUUGGAGUACACUUUGAAACUAAUACCCAGAACUCAAUAGAUUCAAAAGCUAAUUGAUUCAACAGCGAAAUAACAUUCUUUCAAAGCAAGUUGUUACAGAAUAUCAUUUUCAUUUACAAAAGUCUAUUCUGAAUAAAUUUAGAAGGUGUUCAGAAAUAUUGAAUGCAAAAGUUAAAAAGUUGUUGUGAUCAUUAUAUUGAUCAGAUAGUUAUAUAUUUUUUGUGGUACUUGUAAUGUAAUUUUGAUUUAGCUAUGGGCAUUGCAUAUUCUGUUAAUAAAGUAUACUGUAGAACACUUUUA